AUGACUACCUCCCUAGAUUCUGACCGCCCAAUUCUCGCUCAGCAAAAACAGAUGAUGUCCGAGAAAGCGAAGAGGAGAGCCUCGACUCUCUCCGCUGUUUCCAGCAGUGCUCAGUCGGUUACACCAUCGCAAUACAGCCGAGAAGCUGGUAUCCUAGAAAUCACAAACUGCCUCCACAAACUCGAUGUCCCACGUCUUCAAGAACAACGAUUCGUCUUGACUGAACAAAAGGGUGGUGAAUUGGGAAAACUCGCAUUAGGCGCAAAACUUGAGAGGGCAUUGGGAAGGAGAAUGACUGGACAGGAUGCUGUCUUUAGGAAAAAGAAGGUCCUCCAGUGA